AUGAGCUGCAGCAGCGUUGCGAGCUCCGAGUUCUCUGAGGAAGAGCUUGAACUUGGCGGUCUGGUCCAAUGCGAAGAUGAAGGAAGUCCCAAGCCAUCAUUCCAAGACGAGAGUUCAACCAGCAGCCCAAGCGAAGCAGAGGAAGGCCAAACCAAGAAGCGCAACCGACCGGUUCGCUCAAAAGCUCGAAGAAUGGCCGCUAAUGUCCGCGAGCGAAAACGCAUUAUGGACUACAACCAGGCGUUCAAUGCCCUCCGUGUUGCCCUGAACCAUGACCUCAGUGGCAAACGGCUGUCCAAGAUUGCCACACUACAGCGAGCCAUCAACCGCAUCUCUGCUCUCUCAGUAUUCCUGAGCUCUCAUCCACCCAGUAAGCCCUGCGCCCACCGUGAGUGCAACAGGUCAUCAGUGGGACCGGCAGCGAUGGGGGCGUCACGGCUUGAGCAGACCAGGUUAACAGUUCCUUGUCCGGAGCAUCAGAGCUACGUCCCCUGGCACGCAUCCAUCUCUCAACAGAUGCAGCCACAGCCAGCGCCUCACAUGCACAGACCUCAUGCCUACAUAGACAACACAGUGCCAUCAUGUCCCCCAUCACCACACUACCCUUGUUAUCCCACCGAGGGACAGUUUUAUGCCUCGCACAGACACUGUGGCACCCCCUGUGAUCUUCCACCCAGCCCUCUGAGAUACCCUCAGGUGGAUGAGGGGUUGGGAUACCAGCCGGGGAUGUGGGCCUCCUGCACUCAGGGAUACAUGGACACCUUUGCAGAGCCAUCUGCUACUCUGGGACUUCCAUGGCAGGUGAGCUACCUGCAGGAGCCGGAGAGCAGCUUCCCCCUGUGCUCUGAUAUACUGUAA